CCUAAAGCAAAACUGCAUUAGCUGUACUUUAAUUUGACAACAUAUAUAUUUUCAGAAAGUUAUGUGGAUUUGGAUAUGUAUAUACAAAGUCCCGUUGAUUAUGAAGUGGUGAAAAGAACCCGUAGAUCAGUCCAAAAACUGUUGAAACUAAACGGUAGCGCCAAUUCAGCACCACGGACAGCAACAUGUUAGGAAUGUAGAUACUGGGUUUUCUUUGAGCGCGCUACAUCAAAACAAAGCAGACAAUAGCCUACACAUAUCUAAAUGUGUCUUUCCUAUUAGCCAGAACAAGGCUACCUGUGAGAAUGAUUAUCUACAGAAUUCAAUUUCAUUCGUAGCCUACAGCGGCAAGUUCCUGUCUUUGUUCCUCUUAAAAGUCUCGAGCUUUCCCUUUACACAAAUGUUUGGAUUCUCACUACACCCUGUGGGCUCUCGGUCGUUCUGCCCUCCAAUUGGCUAAACCGGGCUUAUUAUGCAAAUUAGCUAGGGGUCUAGUCAGAAGCCUACGAGCUGACGUCACAAGGCAGAGUGGCAGCUGACACAGGGAGAAAGAAACAGAUUGAGAACGGGAAGAGGAAUGAAAAUACAUCAAACAUAAAUAAAGCGAAAUCAAAGCAAUAGGAUAGAUUGAGAGAAAGGAGAAAGAAGAAGAGAGAAACUGUGUAAAAAGGGAGAGGGACAGGGAGAGAGAAAGAAGAGAAAAAUAAAGUAGGGGGAGUUUGCAGUUGACUUGAGAGAGAGGGAAAGGGAGAAAGGGAGAGAGAGAGAGACCAGCCGCCGGCCCAUUUAGGAAAGAUGGCUACAGUCACUGUAAACGGAGUGCAGCAAGAGAAUGGAUUCAGCACCACGAACAGCGCCGGCAGGAUGAACGGGCUCGUGAUCGGUCAGAACACCAUUCCAAUGAAGGACCACGACGCCAUCAAGCUGUUUAUCGGACAGAUUCCCAGAAACCUGGAGGAGAAAGAUCUGAAGCCCCUUUUUGAGGAAUUCGGAAAGAUAUACGAACUCACUGUGCUGAAAGACAGGUUUACGGGAAUGCAUAAAGGAUGUGCCUUUUUAACAUACUGCGCCAGAGAGUCAGCACUGAAGGCCCAGAGCGCCCUCCAUGAACAGAAGACUCUGCCAGGGAUGAACCGGCCCAUCCAGGUGAAGCCAGCCGACAGCGAAGGACGAGGAGAAGACAGGAAGCUGUUUGUGGGGAUGCUUGGGAAGCAGCAGAGCGAGGAGGACGUCCGGCGGCUCUUUGAGACCUUCGGCCAGAUCGAGGAGUGCACCGUCCUGAGAGGGCCUGAUGGGGCCAGUAAGGGCUGUGCCUUUGUCAAGUUCUCCAGCCACGCAGAAGCACAGGCGGCCAUCAACAGCCUGCACGGUGGACAGACCAUGCCAUGUGCGUAUCCCCAGGGGGCGUCCUCCAGCCUGGUGGUGAAGUUUGCCGACACGGACAAGGAGCGGACCCUGCGUAGGAUGCAUCAGAUGGCGGGCCAGCUCGGCAUCUUCAGCCCCAUGACCAUCCAGUUUGGGGCCUAUGGCGCCUACUCUCACGCUGUAAGUCUCGGCUCUACGGGGGAGGAGACGCAGAUGAUGCAACAGCAAGCAGCGCUAAUGGCGGCGACCCAGAACUCGUAUCUGAACCCCAUGGCAGCCAUCGCUGCGGCACAAAUGCAGCAAAUGGCAGCUUUCAACGUCAAUGGUCUGGUGGCUGCCCCAAUGACACCCUCCUCAGGCACCAGCACGCCGCCGGGUAUCAAUUCCACGGCCGUGCCCAGCCUAGCAGCGCCCAUGGGGGUCAACGGGUUCGCAUCCCUCCCACCCCAGACCAACGGUCAGCCUACCAACGAGCCAAUCUACACCAAUGGGAUCCACCCCUACCCAGGUGAGACAGCCAAUGGGAUUCACCUCUACUCAGCACAGAGCCCUACAGUGAGUGACCCUCUCCAGCAGGCUUACGCCGGUGUGCAGCACUACGCAGCAGCCUACCCUGCCGCAUAUGCACCAAUCAGUCAAGCAUUCCCCCAGCAACCCGCCAUCAUCCCCCAGCAACAGAGAGAAGGGCCGGAAGGCUGCAACCUGUUUAUUUACCAUCUGCCCCAGGAGUUUGGAGAUGCAGAAUUAAUGCAAAUGUUCCUGCCUUUCGGCAACGUCAUCUCCGCCAAAGUCUUCGUGGACCGGGCGACCAAUCAAAGCAAGUGUUUUGGCUUUGUGAGCUUCGAUAACCCGUCCAGUGCCCAGGCGGCUAUCCAGGCCAUGAAUGGUUUUCAGAUAGGCAUGAAGCGGCUGAAGGUGCAGCUGAAGCGGCCAAAGGACGCCAACCGACCUUACUGACCCCUCUGCCGUCCACAUCCAGGAUGAAGGGCCACAACACCUUAUUUCCACAAGUGCAGUAUAAAGUACAAAGACUUCUUGCUCUGCUACAUAUCAUGAAAGAAGGGUGGUCCCUUGAUUCUGCUGGAAGUAUAGCUGGAGAAGAUUGGGUGACUGAAGAGGAGAAAGAACCCGGAGAUUCUUGUUUGUUUUUUUAGCAAAUGCCUCUUUUUUUCCCUGUUUUGCUUUGGCGUCUGUGGAAGAGGAUUUUUUGCAGAGACCAACUUUUUGCUGCUGUUUUUUAGACAAGAUGGAAAACCUUUAUAGACACAUUAUGCUCAAAGCAUGCAUACUGACACCCGUAUAUAUAGACAUGAACACACUCUUACCAAACACACAGCUUACCAAACACACAUGCAUAUAUACAGACCAACACACACACACACACACACACACACACACACACACACACACACACACACACACACACACACACAAAUAUUCUCUCCGACAUCCUACAGUGUACAUACAUUUAUGUGCAUAUGCCAACUCAAACACACACACACACACACACACACACACACACACACACACACACACACACACACACACACACACACACACACAC